AAACCCUUUUCUUAUGAAAAAGAUUGAACGUUGUGUCAAGGAGCUAUUAGUCCUUUACUGAAUUUGUCAUUUUGCGGAAAAAAUGGCCGACUUUGACACCACGCCCAGGUCAGACCCAUGAAUGAAAACGCACCAUUUUGAGAAUUUUAGAUCUCCUAUGUCUCCUGAAUAGUCUCACCAAUUUUGAAGAUGAUCCAACUAACUCCCUCUGUGACAAGGUCUCAAAUGUGCACCCUGUUAAUUGAUAAAAGUUUCACUUUCGAUCCAAAAUAACCGAUUUCCUGUUGAGUUUGGAAUAUGGGUGUAAAUGCUUUUAUGGAGCGGUUUUGGACAAGGUAUAGACUCCCCAAAGUUCAUCGCUCUACGCUGGCAGACCCUAAUGUUAUAGGCCAAUUUUAAAAUUUCAAGGGGGUGCCACUGAGCCAUUUUGUUACAUUUUUUUGCAACGUUGCAAAAUUAUCGAAAUGUACAAUUUUCCGCACAUAUGUGCAAAUUUUGGUGACUUUUCGUGCAUGUUCAGGCCUCCAAAUUGGCCGUUUUCAUUUGCCCUGAAGAAAGAAAAAAAAUCCUUUGCAAAACAAUAGGGCCUUCGCACGCUUAGUGCUCGGGCCCUAUUGAGUCAUUUUAAAGCUAGUUGGGUGCAGAAUAUGAAAGCCAAUGUCUUUUUUUUGUUGUCUGCCAAUUAGAGCCCAUUAAUAGUGUUAAUUUGAUCCAAAAUGACUCUUGUCCUGCAAAGUGCGCAUGCAACAAAUUUGAAGCCAAGUUUGUCAUUUAUUACGUCAAUCCAAUUUUUCAUAAGGAGUGUCAUUUUAAAUGUAUUCUUAGUGUUGAAUCUGAAGAUGAUGCGAUUGCCUCCAGAAAUCUGAAAAAAAAAAACGUGCUAUUAUUUUGAAACGUUCACCGGAAGUACGUUUGCUAAGCCACUAACCGUAAGCUUUACACUCGGUAAAACGAAAGAAAACCAAAAUGCACUUCUCUUUCACCGCGCAUGUUGUAUCAGUAAUAGAUUUUUUUUCUUUUGUUGGCAUCGCUCAGAAAUUCUGUAAUCCAGCGAGUUUUGAUGUUUGAAGUGUCACCUUUUAAACGCAAGUUUGCAUUGUGGAGAAGACUGUCAAUGUUUUAUAGCAGACUAAAGUGCGCUGUCUUUUUACCAUUAGCCUCAAUGUAGGAAUGCUAACGUUUUACAAUGUUUAAUAUAAAAGUGUUUCCUUAUUUUGCACGUCUGAACUUUAUUCCACGGAGUGCUGAUGGCCAAUAAACAUAUGUGAAAGCUACUGCCGCAAGCACGCGGGAAAAAUGACCGCCCUCAUUUUUAUUUACCGUGCGAUAAUUUGACUUAUCGCAUAUGGCGACAGGCUUACGAAAAGACUUGAUUUUUUUCGUUUUGUUAGACAACCCAAUUUAUCGACACGGCCAAAAUGACGUCGCUCAUCGUGAACCAUCUCGGUAACGGUAAAUUUUGGCCAAACCGCCCGGCUUUACGCCUCCAUUUCAUUUCAUUUGGUAUUUUUUGAGGGUUCGCACAGCUGCAUAUUCCUAAUCCUCUGGCAAAAAUGAACAUGACAGCGCCUCGCUGCUCCUAGGCUCACCCCCGUUGAAUUAGUAUGUGAGCCCAAUACUGCCUCCUUGGGGCCAGAGCCUGCACACCAGAAGGAGCGACAGACACAGUAUUAAUGGGUUUUGACGCGUGAAAUCUUGAUUCCUUUCCAUAUGGUAUUCUUUGAGAAAUGCUGUUUUUCCUACAACUUAGCAACAAGUCUUUUGCAAUUUUGCUGUUGUUUCGGGUGGCUGGAGUGAGUGGGCACAAAUGUAUUUUGGCUAACAACUUUCUCAGGCAUUUUUUGAAGUCAUCCACAUACUAUAAUGCAUUCCUUGAGUUGGAUUCAUGAUUGAAGCUUCUUAAGAUGCCUUUGGAUGAAAAAGUGCAAAUCCUUCUUGUCGCUUGUACGGAAUCGCUGGCUCUGUAUUUCAUGUUGUUCUUGACGUUCAAUGAAAACCAAUAACUUUUGUGGUUCUUACUAGCCGUCCCGUGGGUUUUGUCUUUGGUGGAUUUCCGUGCAUUCCGCUGCUGUAAAGUAGUACUGUCUCAUUCCAAAUGGGCAAGUACAGCUAAUAAGUCUUUUUCACCUCGCCUUUAUUCUCUAAUCCCGGAGUCGUUACCUUUAUUUCACCUACAGUAUGAGUCAUCGGCAAGAUUCUCGACUGGAGAAAUAACCAAACGUCGUUUGCGCCGACUCAUUCAACGGCAGCUUUUUCAAUGAAUUGUCAGCACGCGAUGGCACGCACGCACGCACGCACGCACAGAAAUCCAAACUUGUUUUCCUGUCCUCGAACACCGGAAUAAAGUCAAUGAUUUAACGCCAGCUAGAUAAGGUACAACCGAAGGCUUCCAGACUUGCCAGAUACAGUCGGACGGAUGACGAAGGAAUCCGCCGAACGAUCGCCCGCCGCCGGUCCAAACGGAUCGCCGUUGAUGACUUCAAUCUCUCCUCGAAACAAUUUAUUGGCCAGAUUGAAAUCUGUGCCGAGAUUUUGAACAGCCUUUUCAGUGGGUUGAAUUGUUAUCGUACGGGCGUAGUUGAAAUGUUGUGUCGUGUUUGUUCCCGUCUCGAAGGAAGGGAGGGAAGGAAGGAGGGAGCGAGCGCACGACGGAUGGCCAAAGUUGCGUUUUUAACCGGGGUUAAUUUUAGCGGCCGGAGUGCGAUUAAGUCCCGUUCCGGGCUGCGCUGACCUCACAGAGCGAGAAGCUAAUAGGGAUUUGGCCGCCGUCGCCGCUCAGACGGUUUAUCUGCCCCUGGUUGACGUUCCCGGGGUGUGCGCCAAAGACAAAAUGAAACGCCGCCGGCCGGAGGAAUGAAUGAGAGCGGAUCCCGACGGAGUCUGCCGGCGUAGCGGCUUCACCUUAACAAUGGCGGAACUUGAGUGGGGCUCUUGUGAAGAGCGUUUAGCUUGUCAGCACUACGUGCGUGGCACGCUUUGGUCAUCUGAUCUGGAGAUUGAGCCGGCUGAAGCCGAAGUCGCCGCGGGGGACGCCAGGGGCCAGCUGGUGUCGGAGCGGCUCGGCCUCGGCAACAACCUGGACCUCUCGGACACCACGGUCCAACAGAAACUGGAUGAGAUCAAGGAGCAGAUUCGGCGCGAGAUCCGAAAGGAACUUAAGAUCAAGGAAGGUGCGGAGAAUUUGCGCAAGGUCACCACGGACAAAAAGAGCCUGGCUUAUGUGGACAACAUGCUUAAAAAAUCCAACAAAAAGGUUGAGGAGCUUCACCAGGAGCUACAGGAGCUCAACGCUCACAUUGUGGUUAAAGACCCUGAAGAACUACAAGAAUGCCCUUUGACCCCAGAUACCCCCAACAGCGAGAGCCGAACGUGUGCGAGCAGCGGCCGCCUGGCCGCCUUGAAAAGACAGAACGACAUCGAGCUGAAGGUCAAACAGGGCGCGGAGAAUAUGAUUCAGAUGUACUCCAACGGGCCUUCCAAGGAUCGCAAAUUACUGGCGACGGCGCAGCAGUUGCUUCAGGACAGUAAGAUGAAGAUCGAGUUCAUCAGAAUGCAGAUCCUCAAGGCCAGCCAGUCCAACGAGCUGAGCUUCGAGAACAACGACGUGAUGGACAAGGCCGUCAUCAGCCCUUUGGACCUUCGGGUGGAGGAGUUGUGUCACCACGCCAGGAUUGAGUCCGCGGUGGCGGAGGGAGCCAAGAACGUUAUGAAACUCCUGGGCACGGGAAAAGUCACAGAGAAAAGGGCACAUUUAGAGGCCCAGGCUCGCUUCAACGAAUCCAGCCAAAAGCUGGACCUCCUGCGCCACUCGUUGGAGCGGCGCCUCGGCGAACUGCCCAAGAACCACCCGCGCAACGGCGGCAUCGUGGAAGAACUGUCACUUUUGUCCACGCCGGUCCUCAGCCCGCGAUCCGGCAUCAUCUCUGCACAAAACCAGUACAGCACGGUGACCAAGCCCGCUGCGCUCACAGGUACCUUAGACGUCAGGCUCAUGGGCUGUCAAGACCUUCUGGAAAAUGUUCCCGGCCGCUCCAAAGCCGCCUCCGUCCCCCUACCCGGCUGGAGUCCCGGCGAAACGCGCUCGUCUUUCAUUAGCAGAGCCAACCGCAACCGCGGCGUCAGCUCGCGGAACGUGACCAAAAGCGAAGAGCUCUCCAAUGAGAUUAGUGCCGUUUUAAAGUUAGACAACACGGUGGUGGGUCAGACCAGCUGGAGGCCGGUCAGCAACCAGGCCUGGGACCACAAGUUUACGUUGGAGCUGGACAGGUCGCGGGAGCUGGAGAUCUCGGUGUACUGGCGUGACUGGCGCUCCCUUUGCGCCGUCAAGUUCCUACGUCUGGAGGACUUCCUGGACAACCAGCGUCACGGCAUGUGUUUGUACUUGGAGCCGCAGGGGAUGCUUUUCGCCGAGGUCACCUUUUUUAAUCCCGUCAUCGAGAGACGACCCAAGUUGCAAAGACAAAAGAAGAUUUUCUCAAAGCAACAAGGUAAGACUUUCCUGCGAGCCCCUCAGAUGAACAUCAACAUCGCCACGUGGGGCCGUCUGGUGAGAAGAGCCGUCCCGACGGUCAGCUCCAACUCCUUCAGUCCGCAGGCGGCCGAGACCGGGUCCGGCGGCGUCCCCGGUUCGCCCGCGCCUAGCAGCGCCUCGUUCGUGACCAAGCUGGACUUUGACAGAGAGCCCGCCCCGGGACCCAAGUACUACCCGGCGCUCGACGCAGUCCGCGAACCGCAGGAGCGGCGGCGCGACACGUUGCCCGAUAAGGAAGAAGUACAGGACGCGCUGGCCUCGUUCGACUUCCUGAACAAAAGGAACAGCGUGGCGGCGAAGCCCGAUCGGGACCCGGCGGCGGAGACGGCGCUUCGGCAUCCGGACUCGGAGCUCGCGGCCUUCCCCGAAGACGCGGAGAUAAGGGAAGAAGAGCAGUUCCACUUUAGCCUCAAAGACUUCAAAUGCGUGGCGGUCCUUGGGCGCGGACACUUUGGAAAGGUGUUAUUAGCAGAGUAUAAAAGUACAGGUGAAAUGUUUGCCAUCAAAGCUUUGAAGAAAGGCGACAUCGUGGCUCGCGACGAAGUGGACAGUCUGAUGUGCGAGAAGCGGAUCUUCGAGACGGUGAACAGCGUGCGCCACCCGUUCCUGGUCAAUUUAUUUGCCUGCUUCCAGACGCGCGAGCACGUAUGUUUUGUCAUGGAGUACGCGGCGGGAGGCGACCUCAUGAUGCACAUCCACGCCGACGUCUUCUCUGAGCCGCGGGCCACAUUUUAUGCCGCUUGCGUCGUGUUGGGAUUACAAUAUUUACACGACCACAAAAUUGUGUACAGAGACUUGAAGCUGGAUAACUUGCUCCUGGACACGGAAGGAUAUGUGAAGAUUGCAGACUUUGGCCUUUGCAAAGAAGGGAUGGGCUUCAGGGACAGAACCAGCACUUUCUGCGGCACGCCGGAGUUUUUGGCCCCCGAGGUCUUGACGGAAACGUCGUACACCCGCGCCGUGGACUGGUGGGGGCUCGGAGUGCUCAUUUUUGAGAUGCUCGUCGGGGAGUCGCCCUUCCCCGGCGACGACGAGGAAGAGGUGUUCGACAGCAUCGUCAACGACGAAGUGCGCUACCCGAGAUUCCUCUCCACGGAAGCCAUCUCCGUCAUGAGGAGGCUUUUGAGAAGAAGCCCCGAGCGCCGUUUGGGCGCGGGAGAACAGGAUGCAGAGGAGGUCAAAAAACACUUGUUCUUCAGGAACGUGGACUGGAACGGUUUGCUGUCCAAGAAAGUCAAGCCCCCUUUCGUGCCCACCAUCCUGGGCGCCAACGACGUCAGCAACUUUGACGAGGAAUUCACCUCGGAGGCGCCCGUCCUGACUCCGCCGAGGGAGCCGCGGGCGCUCAGUUCGGACGAGCAGAACAUGUUUUCCGAUUUCGAUUACAUCGCCGACUGGUGUUAGCGGCGAGACUCUUCUGGAGAAAAUGUCGGAUAGAGGGAGGCAUCUGAUCUGACACGCCGCGCUUUCAUGUAUAAAAAGCCAUCAAUCGUGAAGUUUUUUUGAAACGGACUUGUCGGAGAAACGAAUGGAGGGAGGGAGCGUGCCGUCUGACCGCAGAGAAUGUUUUUCAGACAGACGCAGAGAUCCGAUAUUCGUCGGCACGUAUUCAUUGUUUUGAAUGUGUACAGUAUUUUCUUCAGUGGUAUAUUUUAUAUAUUGAAGUGUGUUUGUGUUCAAGGCUCAAAAACUGUCAAAUUCUAAAAAGUUUUCAAAGCACCACUGGAGCCCACCAUUGUAUCUUGCUUGACUACUACUUUUUAAAAGGGUAUACCUAUCCCCCCCGUUCAUAUCAGCUCACAUAUGAAUUGAUUGGUGUUAUAACACGUACUGUUAAAAAGAGCUUUGAAUUCUUUAACCCAAGCUUGAGAUUAAGAAUUCAAAUAUUUGAAAAUAUCCAAACCAGUGUUUCUCAAACAGGUCACAUUUAAUUCAAAAGUGCAAGUGUUGCCUGCCUGGGUAGAAGGCUGGGAUUUUAUUCAACAAAGGCUUCAUUACAGCAAUAGGUGUCCUCAUUUUAGCGUUCCAAAAUUGCUUUCUGUCAAAGAAUGGCAACCGCCUCUCAUUUAUGGCCUCAUGUGUUUCAUGGGUAGAGGAGGGCGGGGGAAGAGAGUUUCCCCAGCCCAAAAGCUUUGCCAACCCCUGCUUAAGGUUGGCAGAGUUCUUUCUUGUAACCUCAUAUCCACGGCACCAAAUUUGCGUUAAGUUAAAGACUAUUCUUCACCAACACCGAUGAAUUGAAAUCCUUUGACGAGUUCACCUGUUCAAAUACGGUAUGGGGAAGCAUUUCAUAACAAUAUUUCUAGAGUGCUGGACAGUGUAUAAUAGAAUCCAAUAUGCGUAAUGUAUGUACACAAUCUGAAAGCACUCAUUUUAUCGUUGGACUCAGACAAUUUUUGCCACCUCCGAGCGGAAACAGAUUGUAGUUUUUUUUUUUUUUUUUUUCUCCUUUCUAAAAAACUCCUUACUUGUUCAUGUUACCCAAAAGGACACACAAGAUGAGUGGAUGGUAUGGUACAAGAAUAUAUAUUCAUUAAGGACCCUUGCUCUUCAAUUUGGUUAAAGAAGAUCAUUUUUGCAAUCAUUUUGUCACCUGUCAUGAAUGCACAAAUUAAAUGUAAUAGUGGAA